ACCGGGUUGAGUAAUCUCGGUUGAUCAAGCGCGACAGCAAAAGCUCCCGAGAGCUUUCCCGUUCAAUGCAAGUGAUGCGAUAAGUGAAAAGUUAGUAAGUGUUUCUGCCUGAAAAAGGAAUUCUGCUCAGUGAGAAACGCAGGGUUGGAUCCUGUUUUGGAUUUUGUAAAUGAAAAGGACUGUUUAACGAGAUUUUCAGUGUGUUUACACCGCAAUUAGGAAACGACAUAUAUUUACAAUGAAAGUGGCAUAUAAAGUGAAAAGCAUCGUUUGCUUCCUGUUCGUCCUAGCCGUCACCCAAAGGAUACAUGCGCAAAGGGAUUAUUGCGACAAAUCUUUGUGCAAAAACAACUUACCUCACGUCGCCUGCGGUAAGAGUGACAACUACGGUCCCUUCUGUCCGGUCAAUCGGGAGCUUGUAGUUCUGACGGAAGACGUCAAAAAGUACAUCCUAGAUUUACACAACCAGUUUCGGAGCACCGUUGCACGGGGUGAUGCUCCCGGAUAUGCGCCUGCCUCCCGAAUGCCCACGUUGGAAUGGGACGAGGAGCUGCAGAAGCUCGCCGAGUACAACGUAAAGACCUGUAUUUAUGGUCACGACUACUGCCGUAAUACGCCCGAGUAUCCGCUGGUCGGACAAAACAUUGCGGCCAACUCCUUCUACGGAAUGGAGGUGACUCCGUUGGAUACCAUGACGGAAUUGCUGUAUAGUUGGUACGGCGAAUAUGAAAAUGGCAACAUGGGAUACAUCGAUUCCUAUCCACUGCAGGGACAAGAUCCACCCAAGGACAUUGGCCACUUCACGCAGAUCAUGAUGGACAAAGCAGUAUCGAUAGGAUGUGCGAUGAUUCAGUACACCCAAAAUGAACAAGGCCACGACUGGGUUCAUCAGAACUACGUGUGCAACUAUUCUAACUCGAUAGCGCGCGGUCAUCCGGUAUACAUCAAAGGAGAAACCUGUUCCAAAUGCCAAACCGGCUGCAGUCAGGUAUAUCCAGGCCUGUGUAAUAUCGGCGAGGUUGUUGAACCGACGAAAACGUAGACGAAUGUCGCUGACUACGAAUUGAGCGCAAAGCAGACUUUCAUCAGAUACAAGUGUGUGGAAUGACAUCACUAUAGCUUAUCUCAUUCAAGUGUAUGCCCCAAGGACAAUGAUAUAAAUUAUUUCAUAGAAACCGACCAACGUAAAAA